CAUCAUUCUCUUUUAAUCUAUUCUAUACCGAGCCUUUCUUUAUUAUGUCCGUCAACGCUGUCACAUCCCUCUACCGGCGGUCCUUGAAGCUCGCCCUGGACUGGGCUGUGCACCGAAAUGUUUGGAGAGGGCAAGCAGUUUAUAUCCGGUCGCUUUUCGAGGCGAACAAGGAUAUCCGUGACCCUCGGCAACAAAAAGUUCUGCUCCGGGAGACGGAAAAGUUACUAGAGACGUGGAAACAUCCUGACCCUUACCGCGCACCUACAGCCCCCGGUGGAAAUAAAUACGAGAGAAACCUACCUGCUCCUCAGUUACCAUACGCUGCUGCAAGUGCCGGGGCUCAUUGAUAUUAGUCAAGAAUUCAACAGCGAACCUUUGUAUUUGGUGAUCAGACAGUGUUCAAUUUGUUACGUAUAGCUUUGAGAAUCCAUUGUAUACGUGCCUUGUUCAGGCGUGGGGAAAGUGCUUGUCGAUGAGAGUGUCACCGCACGCGUAUUGUUUUCCUUUCUACGGUGGCAGCGGCUUUGCCAGGUGGGGGGAAUCCAGUAAAGUCAUUUGAAUUUGUCGGUAUCAUUCCAUGCCCGUGAGCAUAAUUUACAACAAUGAAAACAAAACGCAUAAGAAAUUAAAAAGAGCCAUAAACGUGCCCAGUCCAGAACCCCGUUAUCAUAUCAGUAAGAGAGCCAAACCACGCCGAAUGACAAACCCCAAGCAAAUAAAUUAAAGAAAAAACACAUCACAGCUCCUGGCUACCCUUUCCGGCCUUGGGGGUCUUCUUGGGGAGGAGGU